GUUCGGCGUCGGUGGCGUCUAUAUUAAGAUCGCCUUCGACCGGCCUCGGCGCGCCAAGAUGCUCGCGCGCACACAGACCCGCCUCUCAACAAAAACCAAACGUAGUACAUAUUAUAUUUUUUCUCGAAUUCGAAUAUUCCCAACGUAAAACGAAAUUUAACUGUGAUUUGUGAUAACUUCUGUAGUAAAAAGAUAUUGAUAUAAUGUCUGUGAAGUGAAAUCGAAGUGUAAUUUCUUUUGAAAAGUGAAGACGGCUUAGCAAAAUGAAGUUCACAAUAGACGUAUUGGGCAUAUUUCUAAAAGUAGUAGUUAGGGUAAACAAAGUAACCUUCGCCCCCCUAGUGGUAUCAACCCUCUUCAUCCUCCUAACGUCGCUGCUGGCGCAUUGCGCGCGACGCCUGGUGCAGAAGCUAGUCAAGGAAUCAUUUAUUCGCGUACUGUUAGAAGAGGCCAUAGCUGCUGCGGAAUUAUGCGGCUGUUGCUUUGAACUUAUUAUUGUUGCAGAUAACUUUGGCGUGGGCACGUACGCCAUUUUCUUGUUCGCGCUCACGAUCUGGUGGUCGCUCAACUGGGGGGAGGCCACGGCUUGUCCGUACACCCAUAUUGAAGAUAUCAUUGAAGGCAAAGGCGAUGUCCGCAAAGCCUUGCUGAAGACCUGGGCGGAGCUUGCCGGAGGCCUGCUCGUGUUCAAGUACGUCCAGAUGUACUGGGCCCUGGAGAUUUCCGAGACACACAAGGACAAGGCGUUUGAGGACUGCAAGGCUGAUUUGCAGGUGCCAGUUCUAUAUGGCGCCGCUGUGGAAGGCAUAGCGACAUGCCUCUGUCGCCUCGCCUCGAAAAGUCUGGGAGACCUCAACCCUCGCUUCGCGACCGCCAUUGACUCCUUCAUUGGAACCUCUCUAGUCGUUGCCGGAGUCCUCAAUAGGCACACGGUAUUCGUCUACCGCUAUCAGGACAAUUUUAGUGCCAAUGACGACCUAAGCGUGUCCAUCUUUUGCAAAGUGCAUUUAGGAAAAGCAUUCGAAUAUUCCGGUGGCUACUUCAAUCCAGUCCUGGCGACGUCUCUGAAGGCCGGCUGUGAUGGACACACUCUUCUAGAACAUGCUGUGGUCUACUGGAUCGGCGCCUGCGCUGGCUCCAUCCUCUCAGUCUACGUGUACAAGCUGCCGGCUAUCCAGAAGUACCUUGCCCCUAGCAAUACUGCGGCCAAUGGUGACAGUAUUUGGGAUAACAAGGAGGAUUAAUUCUAGGGCUGAUUUGACUAAGAGUAAGGAUUUAAUUCAAGAAAUACCGUUAAAACUGUGUUUUAGGGUCAUACAUAUUUCAAAUUAAAGUUGUUACUUAAUAGUGAGCAAACCCUUGUAUUUCCUUAUACAAGUUAAGCGACACAAAUAUAGUUUUAUGCGGAUAAGUAGGUAUUCAAUAAGGGUUUUAGCUCUCAACUUGGGUUAGCAAUAUGCCAAAAAAAAGGAUAUGCAAAGUUCCUAUGACAUGGUCUCGGCAUUUUUUUCUGCACGUUUAUUGCCAAAGCUUCGUACAGUUAAACACUGAUUUAAACUUUCACGAUUUCUACACAUUAUUAAAUUGUAAAACGGGACUUAUAAUCGCGUAUUUAAGUUUCAACAUUUUACCUCCGACGAUAAGAAAGGGAAACCUAGUUGCUAUGUCUUGCUUGGAAUAAAUUCUACUCUUGGUUAAACAAACAUUACCUGCUAAAACCUAUUAUUGGUGUAACAUUUAUAUAUAUUUUUUUCACAUAAUGUAAUGUGCUAACACCAAGCAGAUUCAUAAAUAAAUAUUAAAAAAAAUGUGAAACAUUGCAUUAUGGUAAAAUAGUUAUUUACGAUACAAGUGCGGAAAAGAGGAAAUUCGAAACGAGUGGCGAUAAAUUAAAACACGACCGCAGAAAGUGUUUUAAAUCGACACAAGUUGCGAAUUACCUUUUCACACGUGUAUCGUACAACGUUUCACAGUACAUAUGGCCCUUUAAACUUUCGACAUAUGCACGAAAAGUGCUCAUUCCCGCACUAGUGCGAAAAAAUAGCACCAUAUGUACUGUAAAAUGAAUUUUCUUCACCAGUAGGCGAUAAUUGAUGCUAGUCACUACGGGGUCAGUGUUUUGAGUUAAACAAUGGUUAUUGAUAUGAGCCAGUUAAUUAAAUUAUGAUUUUAACGCAAAAAUAAUAAUAAUAAAUUGACACAUAAUCUUGAUAUGACAAAUAACCUUUAAAAUCCGUACGAAACAAUAAUUCGCAGCAACGUUUAAAACAAUAUUUGACAUAUUUUAAAACCUGAUAUACCCCUAGAUUUUAUAAUUUUAUAUCCAACUAUUAUAGUAGCCCUUCCAAAAAUAUAAUAAGUGCUACGUACUCCCGUUGUAAAUAAAAAUGUUUGUUAAU